AUGACCACCGUAGUUGGCCCCUCAUCCCCGCCCUAUACUCUUCCUGAACCCCAAUCAACGGUGUUUCCCAACCCAGCCGCGCAUGCUCCAGGAAACCCGACGGUGUUUACCCAAGCGGGAAACCAGAGGAGGCCCUCCGUCAUCAUGCAAAAGAUCCAGCCUCGAGUGGUUUCCAACCCCAAGGCUUUUCAAAACUGUCAAUCGGAAAAUGCUCUAGUGCGAAUGCGUGCAGCCUUUGCCAAGAACGCGCAAGAGGCUGCUCCAGUCGACCAACAGAUUGAACCGCCCACCCCUGUCAACACUCAAUCCGUGGAGCAGAUUCGUGCGCACUUGGCUCAGAGCCACCAAACGGAUGGCGGUUCCGAUGGUGCGUCGGAUGCCACUGGAGCCUCAAGGGGGCCAGAACUCUCACCCCACCUCGUGCAACUAAUCGAGAAGAUACCCAAGGAGCUCUCUUUUUUGCUAGAACCCAAUCUCAAUUUGGAGAAGAAGUCGUGCACAAAGGAACUCAUCCUUAAGGGGAUCAAGCACUUCAUGCCUGGGUACAAACCACCCGUUAAACAACCAAAGAAGAGUCUAUUGGUCAGAGCAUUUCAGCUCCAGAUCCUUCCGCUCAUUGCACCUUUUGUUCAGUGGAAGAUGGAGCAAUUCGAGCAAGCCGCGGCUGACGAAUCUCUCGUAAUGCAAGAAGAUCCGGCUCCGGUUGACUUGUCAGGGAUUAAUCCCAAUAAACCCAAUAUCACCACUGAUAUAAUUCUCACGAUAAUAGCCGAAAGACGACCGAGCGCAAAACUGCCCGAAUCCAUGAGCAAAGCGGCUGCCAUCAAUUUCUUCUACCAAUACAUCUCACCAAGACCACCUCAUGGUCAUCCUCAGGCGUUCACGACAUGGCCAAAAACGGUCCCCAAGCCGUAUCACCACUUUUUAACUCGUGAUGAGCUUUGGUAUCUAAUCCAAUGUUAUGUCGCCAUCUUGUUCAUUCCUUGCGCUGUCGGUAAGGUCCACCUUCUAGCUAUCUAUGAACAAUUCGUCCUUGAUGAGAUUUCUGAGGAGACCAUCUUUGAGGGGAUUCAUUAUUUUGUUCGUCAAGAUCCAAACCCUCCUCACCAGUCUUAA